AGACGGGCGGGCAUGGGCCGCGCGGCCGCCCGCAAGCGGGGACGCUGCAGACAGCGCGGCCGGUCCCCGGGAGGCCGGCGACGGCGUGAACCUGGACGCCAAAGUCCUAGGAAGCGCCCAGGCCCUCGGAGGAGGAGAGCUCGCGCGCGCCGCCGCAGGAGGGCGCGCCCUCGCCGGAUGGAGCCCAUUCCCGAGCCUUUCAACCCGCGGCCUCUGCUGCAGGACCUUCCCCAGACCAGCAACAGCCACGAGUUCCUGGGCUUGUGUGCAUCCCGCGAUGAUUGGCGCUGUGCGCGCUCCAUGCACGAAUUCGCAGCCAAGGACAUCGAUGGGCACAUGGUUUGCCUGGAUAAGUACAGGGGUUGCGUGUGCAUCGUCACCAACGUGGCCUCGCAAUGAGGCAAAACCGACGUAAACUACACUCAGCUAGUCGAUCUGCAUGCCCGAUACGCCGAGUGUGGUUUACGAAUCCUGGCCUUCCCUUGCAACCAGUUCGGGAGGCAGGAGCCAGGAAGUAAUCAAGAAAUCAAGGAGUUUGCAGCCGGCUACAAUGUCAGGUUUGACAUGUACAGCAAGAUCUGUGUAAAUGGGGACGAUGCCCACCCACUGUGGAAAUGGAUGAAAGUCCAGCCCAAGGGCAGGGGCAUGCUGGGAAAUGCCAUCAAAUGGAACUUUACCAAGUUUCUCAUUGAUAAGAACGGCUGCGUGGUGAAGCGCUAUGGUCCCAUGGAGGAGCCCCAGGUGAUAGAGAAGGACCUGCCGUGCUAUCUCUAGCCCUACAAGUGUGUGCCCCUGCACCGAGCCCCCCUGCCCUGUGACCCCUGGAGCCUUCCACCCCGGCACUCAUGACGGUCUGCCUGAAAACCAGCCCGCUGGUGGGGCAGUCCCGAGGACCUGGCGUGCAUCCCCGCCGGAGGAAGGUCCAGAGGCCUGUGGCCCCGGGCUCGAGCUUCACCUUGGCUGCCUUGUGGGAAUAAAAUGUAGAAAUGUG